AUGUCUCUCCUAGCUCUCCCCAACGAGAUCUUGUCUUUGAUCUGUGAGUUCUCGGUGCUGUCCUAUCUGCAACCCGAUCGGCGGCUAUACAUUUCUUCAAGCAGAUGCUAUUCGUGUGGGACAACCCGGCAGGUCUUUCCGUGCCCACCCGCCCUUCUAGUCAACUCUGCAUUUCGAGAUACCGGUACUCGGUGUCUAUAUCGCCAUGCCUUUAUCGUGGUCCAGUUCGACCACCUGUGUCUGAGCAAGGAUCCUGCAACGGAUCUCAUCAACCGGAGAACAAUUCUCCCACUCAUCCACAAUCUCGAGUUUUUCAUCCGGAGAUGUGGUGCCAUUGAGGCGAGGCUGUUGCGGUCACAUGACCCCGAGACUCUAUGCCGACCAAAUUCACCACCAUGCUUCACCUUCUCCGAGCUGAACGCCAGCCUUCCCAACCUCAAGCAGGUUGCGUGGACUGUUGGCGUGUGGGGCAAUCACCGGCUACACAUUCCUUUGACCGACCCAACCCGCCCCAAAAGCCAGCGGCUGCCCGCAGGUUUUAAUUCGUUGAGUUCCAUCUUGACAUAUAAACGGAUCUGGACACAGCGCAUCACCCGAUUCCGCAUCUGGUUCCCACAGAACACUACUAAAGAGCUCUGCGAUCUCACUUACCGACGCACAUCCAACGCGCCGACAAAGCAAGAGCUUGAAGGGCUGGUCGAGUCGCUGCGCACGCACGCUUUCAUCAAGCCUCUCACAAAAUUACCCAAUCUUGAAUCUCUCGACCUCUUCUUUUACACCUAUGUCUCGUCUGUCUCCAAUCAUCCACCCCCAGGAUCAGCGAUUUAUCCUGUCCGCACGCUUGUGCGCCCGCUUCGCGAAUCAUAUCUACCCCCUGUCGAAGCUCCGCAGCUACAUUCCCUAUCGUUUGCCAUGCGGAAAGAAAAGGACGAGAUGGAAACCUUGUUGAAGACCCUGAGACUUGUCUUUGCCAACCUCCCAACUGUGAACUUUUGGCGUAUUCGAUAUGGACAUGUGAUGAACAACGCGUACGAGAAGAUCGAGUUUGCUUGAUUUUCGGAAUAGGGGAGCUAUUGGGUUGUCCACCCAAAGCUGUUUGUCCCCCCUCACAAGAAGAGUCAGUGUCUAUGAUAUCAACUGACAA